AUGGAUGCAGACAGCGAUGUAAAUGUAUUUGGAAGUAUUCCGUUUCCAUUCUCGAAAAAGAGAAUGGCAAAAAGGGAUCAGCAACUUCAUGGUGGCAGACCUGGGCUCGUCGCGCCUACACGGCAAUCCAAGAAGCUAAUCACCACCUGUUUCUUGUGGCCAUAUUGGUUAUUCCGCCAACGACAUGUUCAAAGACGGGUUUCUACAACAAUCUGA